AUGCACGGAGGUAAAGGGGCAAACACAGCCGUUGCCGCCCAUCGAUUCUGCCUCCAGGAGUCAGAGACCGAUAGUAAUGGAACGCUUAGCGCCGAUAUCGAUAUCCAAGUCGCUCUCCACGGCGCCGUAGGAGGAGACGAAUAUGGACGGUUGCUCAAAGAAGAGCUAGCAGAUGCUGGUAUAGAUGUUUCUGGAGUGGAUACGCUCCCCUCGAGUACCAGUGGAAUUUGUUGCGUGCUCGUCGAUGCGAAAACCGGAGAAAGCAGUAAUAUCGCAUAUCAAGGUGCAAAUAUUAAUUGGCAGCCGAGUGAUGCUUUGAUGGAUAGACAAAGCAGCAAAGGACCCGAUCGACCCGAUCUUGUCAUUCUUCAUCUCGAUACUUCCUUAGAAGUAGUGAGAAAGAUACUGAAAACUGCAGCGGAGUUCAAAAUCGAUGCACUUUUGAAUCCAUCCCCGGUAACGGACUUAGGGACCGAAAUUUACCACAAUCUCACACACCUCAUAUUAAACGAGCCAGAGGCCAUGAGACUGUCUAGAGUUGACUUCGGGAAGUUUCCUACCAAAGCUGCAUGGCAGAAAGCUGGAAUGUACUUCAUCGAGUUAGGCGUAAUGCACGUGGUCAUCACAUUAGGAGCUAAAGGAGCUUACUAUAUAACUGCUCACGAGUCUGGACUUGUAAGUCUAGCAGAAAAGAUAAAUGUGAUAGACUCCACAGGAGCAGGGGACACAUUCACGGGAACGUACGCAGUAGAAUACGUCAGAACAAAACGGCUAGGGAUAUGGAAUAUGGCUACCGCAGUAGAGCGGGCUUGUAAAGCGGCAACUGCCACUGUAGGAAAGCUUGGGGCGCACGACUCAGACCCGUAG